ACGGCCUGGAAAUUAGGCUAGGGGCGCCAUGGAUUUUCGUCAUGCAGACAAUGAUCUAAUAGUGCUUUGAUUUUGGUUUUAGCUGACUGACCGUACAGUAGAGCUUUUGUUUGCUUGCUCGCCUGCUUGCUUGAGCUUGCUCUUGGUUAUUUACAGUUGAGCUUUGGUAUCAGCUUGAAUCCAGCGUGUGCCGCCAUACACUGCACACCCACGCCCACGCCCACACACACAUACACAUCCACCUACACACACACACACACACACACCUCACCUCACAUAGCUAUCUUUUGCAGUCACAGCCCUAACAUAGAUAUGACCACACCAACCAGGGACGGCGUCAAUCCCCUGCGCCCGUAUUACAUCCCACCCACGAUAGGAGAGCAGACCGAGUCCAUCCCUCGACAGCCGAAUCCAUUCUCACAUGCAAGUGCCACCGCAGGCGCUUCCAACAGCACAAAGUACGCGUCCAGGGCCCGUGACAUCUUCCCGGAUCUGGACUACAGGGACUAUGUCAACGAUCCUUCGCCCUCCACCAUACAGAGCGUCAAGGAGCUGAUCGAUGAGCUGCUAUGGAAGUACACCAGCGUCUUGAUGGCACAGCCUUUCGAGGUCGCCAAGACGGUUUUGCAGGUCAGGACCCAAGAUGACAUCGAGCUGUUGGAAACGGGUACUUCCUCUUCUUCUUCGUCACAACCGGCGAGCAGACCGAAGAUCCCCAGUCCAAGAGAGUCCAUGUAUGAACAGUAUCCUGAAUCUGACUCGGAUGACGAGCCCUCCUACUUCACAUCAAACGCACCUUACCAAACCCCCACACCUUCCACGCGAUCGCACCGACGGAGAUCAAGUCCAACCGAUUCGCCGAAACCCGCGAGGGCGCCCGACCUGUUGCCACAUCAGCUCAACCUCAAGAGGCCCGACUCAGUACUCGAAGUGAUAUCGCAGCUCUGGUCCAAAGAAAGCGCGUGGGGUGUAUGGAAGGGGUCCAACGCAACAUUUCUCUACACGGUCCUACAGUCUCUUCUGGAAAACUGGUCACGAAGUCUGCUCAGUGCACUUCUCAAUGUUCCCGAUCUGGGAGUCAAGGAUGACGUCGACAGGCUUGUCGACAUCGCAUCACCCUAUCCGUGGGCAUCGUUAUGUGUCGCCGCCACCGCAGCUGUCGCAACCGGCCUCGUGCUUGCGCCUCUGGAUGUCGUGCGCACAAGGUUGUUACUGACCUCAACAAACAACAGCAAGAGACGGACCAUGUCGGCUCUUCGAUCUCUUCCUUCCUGGCUGUGUCCCUCUUCGCUUGUCGCUCCGACGAUCCUGCAUUCUCUGGUUCACCCAUUGAUCACCCUUUCGACACCGCUCGUUCUGCGCUCGCAGUUUCUGAUCGACAAGCAGCUCUCGCCCACUACCUUCUCCGUCGCCAAGUUCUGCACCUCGUGCGUGUCGCUCUUCGUAAAGCUACCGCUCGAGACAGUCCUACGACGUGGUCAGGCUUCCGUGUUCACGCAGCCGGCAUAUGUGCGAGCGUUGGACAAGUCAGGCGGUCCCGACACCAUCGUACACGCUGGUUCGUACAACGGCGUGGUCGGCACCAUGUACACCAUCAUCGCCGAGGAGGGGUCACGUGUUCUUCCCUUGCCAGCCAAGGCAGUCUCUGCCGCCAAGAACAAGAAGGGCAAACCGGCCAAGAUUGGCGAGACAGUAUACAAAAGAGGCCAAGGCGUAGGGGGACUAUGGAGGGGAUGGAAAGUCAGUUGGUGGGGACUGGUUGGGUUAUGGACUGCUGGCGUCGUGGGCGGUGGUGGCGAAGGCGAGUUCUAGGCUGGAUGUGGACUGUACAGCCGUUGGUACACCACGUCGUGAUUCUCGGUAUAAUAUUUGGUUUGCGGUGUGGGCAAGAGCGCUAAUGAGUUAUGGCAUGAUAUCCCCAUUCUUCCUGUACGUAUUGGUCCAGAGACCUGUAUCACAUAUACUUCUUCAACUCUUCAUUGUACUGAACUGGGAAACUUGAUAUGAUGUAAGCCUGGCCCUAACCCCCCUACGACAAUUGGUGCCGGAUCCAAUGUGAGGUAGUCCUAGUAUACAAUUCGUUUGCGGUACUCUAUAAUAUACAGAUAUCAUGUCUAGGACCCCAGGGAGGAAUCCUAGGGUUGGGAGGGCCAUGAAAUCAAC